AUGAAAUACUACGUCAACGUAAUGACCCAACUCUUGACAGUCAGUUACCAGCACAACUCUUUUCUCUCUGAAUUUGUUCCAAUGGCCGUAGACUCACCGGCCCUUUCUGGUGCCUUAGUUUCGUGGGCAUCGGGGCACCUAUCUACAGUGGAUAAUCGCUACAAAAUUACCGCACUUGAAGCUCGGUCUACUGCCUUAAGCCGAUUAGCUGAGGCUAUAUCGCGUGGCUCGGACAAUAUAUCCGUCCAGGAGACCAAUGCUGCCACCUGUCUCGUUUUGCUGAUAUCAGAAGUUUGCCUUGGGAACCAUGCCGGAUGGUACGAUCACCUUAUUGGAGCAAAGAAUAUCAUAAGCUCUGCGAAAUUCCUAGCCAAUACAGGCGAUGAGAUGCUGCUUGGGCCCAAUGCGCUCAAGGGGAGUGUGGAAGGCCGGUGGAUUCUUCGAAAUUUUGCAUACCACGACAUCCUAGGUAGCGUCACACUCGGCACGAAACCUCUGCUUAGAGCUGAUUACCUCCAUGAUAUUACGGGUGUUAUCGACACAUAUCUUGGCAUUGGCUCUGGGAUCUUGAUAUUGAUCGCGGAGAUCAGUUAUCUUGACCCUAAAAGUAAGAGCGACACAUAUACCUUGCCUCAAAACAAGAAAAUGAGCUCGAAAUGCUCAGAGAUCGAACAGAGGCUCAAAGCCUGGCAGUGCCAUUCUGACGCAACCUCCGCCCUCGUAGCGCUAGGAUAUGCGUACCGGAGUGCAGCCCUGAUUUAUCUUUAUCGGCGGAUGCGUAGCUUUAUUCGGCUUGGUAGUGAAUAUUCUUCACCUACCCAUCGAAAUGAGCUACUUGGCGUCCUAGCUUCCAAGAUAUCAUUGGAAACCACCGCUACUCUGAACCACAUAGCCGAAAUACCGUCGACCGAAAUAGUUGAAUCAGCCCUGCUAUUCCCUCUCUUCUUGGCAGGCGGCGAGGCGACAAAGACCAUGGAGAUAAACUUGAUACGCCAGCGACUAUACCUGAUGCUCGAGAAACGACAUUUCCAAAAUAUCUCGCGAGCCUUGGCAAUCCUCGAGGAAGUCUGGGACCGCCGCAUGGCGCGGCUUACGCUGGAGAGCGAUGAUGCUGACUGGCAAGAGAUUCUUGCCGGUCAAGGCUGUCAACUUCUCUUAACAUGA